AUGGCGAUCGAGCUGGAGACCUUUCUGGGCGCCUGGAAGGACUCUCUGGGCAAUGAAGUCGCUGUGAAGCGCACGAAGAACGGAAGUCGAGGAGGAGCGUUGAAUGUGCUCCUUUCCAAGCCCUAUAGCAGCAGGCCACCGAUCAAGCUGGAUGUGAAGUCUGUGGGAUCUGGGCAGUUCGCUUGCGGCCACUACGACUUGGACUUGGAGAACAGCUCCGACAAUCGCAUUAUCUGGGUCGACCGAAAGAAUGCUCGAAAGACGUCUACGUGGGAGCGGGUAGAUCGUGACGUGCGUCGCGACAGCCGCAGUCCAAGCCGGAGCCGGAGUCGAAGCCGGAGCCGGCGCCCGCGCUUGCCUCCCCGUGGCAUUCCUCGAGUAAAGGUUGUGCCAGCUGAACCUGAAGGGCCGUGGUCCGCUGGAUACGGCUUGCCAUCUCCUGCGGCUUACUGGGCGCAGGCGGCGCCUGCAUGGCCGGAGCCACGAUCGGCUGCAGCCAGCGGCACCACCCCUGGAGCUUGGGUUCCACCAAGCAUGGAGGAAGUCGAGACUGCGAGCCAGACACUCGCACCUUUGCCUUCUCUGGCUUUGCCGGCACCGGAAGCAGGCCCUUCGCCUCCAGCGGAGGCUGAAGGCGCUGGUAUCGUCAAGCCCAUUGCACGGGCCGUGCCUGUGAAAGUCGUUAAGCCGCCACCUUUGGUGGACGAAAUGGAGGAGUUUGACAAGUUGCUGCUUCAAGCUGAGGCAAGCAAAUGGAACCCAGGCGAGGAUGGUCAACUGAUGGUCAACGGAAUGAUGAGGGAGCUGUAUAGCACUGUGGCGACCCUUGAGCCGACGCUCGCGGUACUGCUUCUUGGCCUUCGCUGCAGUCCAGGCCAAGUUAUCGGCAAGUAUCCGGAUGUCCAAUAUGAAGCUUUGCGAGACGACCAUUGCUUAAACCCAAAUGGGACUUCAGCCGCGCUCUACUGCAGCACGAGCGUUGCACACUCCAGGAAGGCUUGUGACGAAGCUGGAGGCAAGUACGAUGACAAGAUCACGGAGAGUAAGCAUGCGUGCAUCAAGCAAUGCACGACAGAGGGCGACCUUUGUGUAGGAGUGAGAUGGCAGGCCGUGUUCAAGCACUGUACCAUUUUGUACGGGACCUGCCAAGACUCGGACGAUGGAGUCAACUUCCAGAGCGAGUACUGGAGGAAAUUAAUUCCCUCAGACUUCGAUAUACCAAAAGUGGGCCUGUCCACCUGCAACGGGACGAUGCUGACCUGUAGUGAGGACGGCACAGACCCUUGCGAGGCCUUCGAUGGUUGCCUGAAGUUGUACCAUGGCUGUGGGGGCAAGCUGGUGCAAUGUAGCCUGGAUGUUUCCGGCGUCUGCAAGGGCACUCUGCCGUGUCACCAGCCAUGUACCGGUCAGCUGAGACGAGGUAAGGUAGACUGCCGAGAGCUUGACAGAGCUAGCUGCCUCCAUGGCUUCGUCCAAAGAGGUGACCGGCUGGGCGAGGAGUGCAUGCUGGUUGACGAGAGGAGCUGCGUAGCCAGGAGAACUUGUGGGGUUAUUUACGAUGAGUGA